CAAUUCUCCCGCCUGUGUCCGCCAUGUUGGUCGGCCAACACGCAUCAGUGAAACUCUGCAUCAUCUACGCGCUACAGAAGACCCAUAUAUACAGAAAAUAUGUCUGAAAUCGAGUAUAGUGACCUUCUAUUUCAGAUAAGUACGAAAAUUGAUGUAAACCAAUUAGAUAGAUUGGUUUUUAUGUGCAGAAAGCUGAUCUCAGAAGGCAGUGAAGGAACGAUUGAAAAUGCACUCGGAUUAUUUAAAGAACUCGAGAAACAGGAUAACCUCGGAAUGGACCGGUUAGAAAAUUUGAAGCAGAUUUUGAAACAGUUGAAGAACCGACCCAUGCUCAAGAAGGUGGAAGAGUUUGAGAUCAAGAGAAAAGGUGCUCAUUUACUGCUAGUCAUAUUUGUUUUGAAAUUCAGCGAAGGAAAUUUGAAAAGCCGGAAGUGCCUUUUUGCUCGAGAAGUUCAAUUUAAGGCUUAGAACUUCUUCACUGAUUGCAAAGGAAAUGAUUUCUUGUUAAGGGGACUAUGUAUUAAUUGAUAAUUUCGCUUAGUACUUAUUGCUUUGGAAGUUCCCAGUAUCACGAAUCUUAUUUCAUUAUGGCUUUAGAUAACUUUACGAAUCCUUGAAAUUUCAGCUCAGUCACUUGGCAUCAUUACUUCAUUUAAGCAAGCCGCCGUCAAUUUGAAAGGAGGUAAGGUGUAAAAAGGCAAGGUUCUUAACUGUGCAUGUAAAAUAUUUAGGGCAAACAGGCAUAGGCCGGAUGCUGAAUAUGAGUAACAAAAAUGUAAGAUAAAAUUAGACAAUAUUUAUAAUGAUGUAAGAAUCAGUGCUUUGCCAUUUAUGCAUCACGACAUAGGUUUAUUAGAGUGUUGUUGUGUGCUAAACAAUUAAGUCGACUCUUAUAAGGCCCCAGUUCAUCUAAUGUAAGUUCCAAAUAGCCAGAAACAAUGAUAAUCAGGGAUACAGGCAAAAAUACAUGACUUAGUUCCAACCUCUCUUCUAAACUUCCCGUUUUGAAGGAGUAGCAAGUGAUUAAAUUUUUUCAAUACUCACAAACUUUCAAAAUUUGGCUUCUGCUCGAUGUACUGGCAAAAUUUGAAAAUAUAUUUAUUUGCCCACUUGCUUGCAACAUUCUUGCUACUGUCUGAAUGCAUGAAUGGAUGCAUACCCAGAUCAAUUUCUCAAAAUGCAUUUUUACACAAAAAUUAUUUUAAGCCAACAAUGCAAUGCUCUGGAAGCUUUAGAGAGAGAAUUAAUAAGGAUUUGUGCUUGUGGAAAAUUUGCCAUCCAUAUAAUGCUGUAAUAUUGUCUCUAGCUUUCAAUCACAACUGGAAAAUUAUUUUUAACCCUAUAACUCCCAGAAGUGAUUCACAUGUAACUUCUUUCUACAACAUCCAUGCACUAUCCAACAAACAGGUAAUGAGAUUACUCAAAUGUACCAGGUAGAAGUCGUGGUCUUGAUCUAACACUAAAUUCUUGUAACUAAUUUAUAGGGAAAUGUGUAGCAGGUAGAGGGGAGAAUCAACAAUCAGAUUCUGGGAGCUGUUAAAGGGUUGAGAACAGCAGACUUUGGUCCAUAUUUCCAGAGGUUCCCUUCCCUCUUUCUUCCAUGCACUCUUUUGGUGCUAGUCAAAUGAAAUGAUUUUUGUUUUCUGGUAGGUUAGGGUUGUGUGUGUUUGUGUGUUUGGGGGUAGGGGUAGUUGGCAACUUUUCAGCUAAACUGAAGUUGUGAAUCAUAGCCAUAGCAUUGUAUAACAUGUCGGAAUUGGCUUAAAUGAUGCCAGAUAGUUAGUUACCAGUUUGGACACCAAGCCUUGUUUGAAAUACAUAUACAAAUGGCCUUCAGACUGUAGUUGUCUAUAUUGUUAAUGUGGUACAGUGACUUUAAAAUCUACCCGAUUAUUUAUUUACAGCAGUUUUUUUAAUAAGAUUUUCAUAACUGGCAUUGUACAAUGUUCAGAAGCAUUCCAGUCAUGUCCAAUGAAUUCAUUUUCAUUGUGAGAACAAAACCAGAAGAUUGUGUACAGGCUGAAAACUUAUCACCACUGUUAAUUAUUUUAUUUGUGAGUUUUGCUCAGCCUUAAAUUAACCAAUUAUUAUUGUCCUCCACAAAACACCACUGGUUGCUGAAUAAGUUUUUAGCACCAGUAUUUGCAAAUAGAUCUAAUAGUAAGACAUAGAGGUGAAAACUAAUAUGAACAAAAUACUAUACAAAAUUGGACAUUGAUUCUUGGCCCUAAUAGUUUGUAUUGUACAACUACAAUAAGUUAAUAAAGUUAAGUUUUAUUUUACUGACACUUUUAUUAGUGAUCAGGUGAUUAGAGUUUGUGUAAUGUGUUACUACAAUCCUAGCAGUAUGCAGGACACAUGAUGUCAUAUGAACUUCAUAAUUGACCUUGCUCACCGUAGAAUCUUUGUGGCUUAGUGGUAGAGCAUUAGAGUGCGGAAUCAGUAGGUCUGAGGUUCAAUUCCUCAUGGGGACUCAGAAUGUUUUCUUUGUCCCACACUUGUGCCAAGAUUAAAAAUAUAUUUCUCUAUUUCUUUACAAAACUCAAAACUGACCAUCUUUCUUAUUCUAUUUUCAAACUCCCCUUUUGCAUGCAGUUACAAAAACCUGAACACAUCAUUUACAGAGGCAAAGCCAUGCAAAACUAAAUUUGUAUGGCUUUCUCUUGUAAACUACUGAAAACAUAAUUUCAAAACUGAAGUUUUGUGUUGUUCUUGUGGGUUCAAUAUUGCAUUCUAAUUUAUUCCUGCCCUCUCACAAGAAAGCAUAUCAAUACUGUAUAUUGAUUAAUUUUGUUUUUAGAAACACUUUUAAAAACUGUUAGAAACUGUAACUAUCUCAAAAACAACAUUCUUUCCCUUAAAUGUUCUUAAAAGAGAAGUUUGACUGUCCAAUCAUAUAGCCUCAUAUUUAAAAUGUCUUAACUUGAUACUUGAAUAAUUUUGAAUAUGAUUAAUUCAGACUACAGUAAUUAAUUUCUUACCCUUAUUAAAAAAAUCUGCAGUUAUAAAGAAGCUACUCGUAUACCGCAAAUAAUUUUGAGUAUAUAUAAUUAGUCAAUAAAAUUGUAUUUUUAAUGUCUUAAAAUCACCCAAACAGGGCUUUCAUCCUUGAGUGACUGAUAUUGUAAAAAUUACUGGAUUAGUGUGUGUGUGUGUGGGGGUGGGUGGGUGUGGCUGCAUGUGACAUGCUGUGUGUGUGGGUGGGUGGGGGGUGAGUAUGUGGAGUGGGGAGGGGGCAGACUGUGGCACAAUUCUAUCUUGGAGGAAAUAUUUUGAAAAAAUUUGCCGUACGUCUGUUGCAAAUGUUUCUUUUGAUGAGAUAUUAUGAUUACUUAAGAUCAAAAAUGACUUGUUUCAAUAGCGAUCAAGAUGGUUUGUAAUUUUCGCACAAUUGGUGGUGCUCUCCUGGUAGUUAGUAGUGGCAUGGCUCUCCGUAGCUGUUCAACUCUUGACGAGUUUGUGGAGACCUUCAACAAAGUUGUGCUGGUUGCAUACACCAAACUGGUUGAGAUCAGUGAGGGAUCUCUGUGCUUCACAGUACAAGCAGAGACGCCAGCAGCUCUAAAGGAGUUAUGGGACAUCUACAAAGAUGGAACAUUGCAGAGACGUCUUAAAAAAUUUCUAGUUACCGAUGACAUCAAACAGUUGACAGAUGCGAAAGACAUUGAGGUGGCUGUUUUCAUCGAUGAAAAAGAGUAUGUGAUGUCAUUUAAUUUUCUGCAAAAUCAAGGUAUGGUAACAUAUGUGCAGUUUGAAUUUAAGUUUGGACAAAUGUAACGUUGAACGGGAAAAGCUACUACGAUAGGGUUAAAAUUCCUUAGUAAAGUUGUUGAAAACAUAUCCUAUAUCCAGAUAUUGAAAAGACCAAUUCUUGCGAGUAUACAGAACCUCCCCUUCCCCCUCGAACGAUGUUGUUAAAACUUAAAGGUCACCACUUCUUGGUCAAGUUUACAGAGUGCACAAAUUCGACAUCCUUUGGGGGAGAGAGGAAAUAAUUUGUUUUUAAGUAAUUUUGCGUUAAGUGUCCCUUCUGAGUCCGUUUGCAGCUAUGAAUUAUAAAAAAAAGGGAAAAGUAAGAGUUACCCUUUCAACAUGGGAAGCUAAUCCUCGACUUAAACAAGUAAUCAGCCUGUUUAAAAAAAAAAGAACAUACUGUUACCCAGAAACGAUGUCGUUAUCUUGCAUUGAACAAUGAUUGCUGCAUCUGACAAUCCAGCAACAUUAGUUGAUCCUAACUUAAUCCUCUUUCUUAUUGUAUCCUUCCAGCAGUGCCUGAUUUGAAAGUAGAGCGGUUUCGAAGGAAAUCUGACUCCUUCUUUCACAUCAAUUCAAAUCAGAGAGAGAUUGCUAUGAUGAGGCUGACACAAGUAGAAAACCAGUUGAGCUUUGAAAGACAAGUUCAUGGAGAGGAAAUAAAAAAACUCAAGGAGAAGAUUAUCCUGGCAAGAGAGCCAAGGGGUAGGAUUGAUUAAACUCUACCUUUUGUACGUAUCCUAUGCUCUGGUUGGGAUCAGUUACGGGACAAUGUGAAGGUUAUAUUUUAAAACACAUUUAUAUGGGAUAGAGCUCGGGAAUCAGCUAGGUUUUGUGUAGAGUAUAAUUAAAUUGAAAAAGUAAAGAAUGUCGUAGUAGAAUGGUACCUUGUUGAUUUUCAGGCCAAUCUGGUAUUCUUCGUAUAGUAUAUACCACGACCAAAUGCAAAAGCACCAAGAAUGCAUGCUGAUGAUUUCAUUCCCAUCCUUAUUCUUCUCGCUGGUCUCGGUUCAAAGAAGUCAGGGAUGAUUUUUUGCUCAUUUUCGUUGAAACCUGACAAAUUUUUAAUAUUUUUAAAUUAUUUUUUUGAUCUUUCAUACAGCGCCAAAUAUCAAACAGGAAGAACUGCCUGGACGAAGAACUCGAAGGCAUUCGGAGUCUUUUCUUUAUUACAAACGAAAUGAGGUCGAGGUAGCUUCGAUGAGGCAAUUGGAGCAAGCAGAAGAAUGGAGGAAAGAGAAAGAGAUUUUUGAAUUAAAGAUCGCAGAGCUUGAAGAAACUCUGAAAGCAGAAAGGAUGAGCAAUAUGGACCGUAAGCAUUCAGGUACCCACUAAAUAUUUUUGAGCUUAACGAAAUAUCGGCGAUGGGUGGUAAAAUUGUGGGUAGGGUAAUAUUUGUUCGAACACAUAAAUGGCUUUCGUAAUACUUUAGAAGUUAUUCUGAAUUUUUCCACUCUAACAAGUUAGCGUGGUAAAAUAAAUGCUUCUUGAAGAAAAGGGUGUAGAAGAUACUCCACGGUGAGCGAGGUCUAUUUCGAAUUUCAUAUGACACGCGUCCUACAUACUGCUAGGAUCAGCAGUUUCGAUAGCGUCAGGUUCGAUUCCUCAUGGGGACUCUUUUAUUUUCUUUGUCCCAUGCUCGUGACAAGACGAAAAACAGCUUUCUCUAUAAUAAGAAUCUCCAUCGAUCGAUAAAAGAGUCUGGUCAGAAUAAGGACAAACCUUCUAUCACAACCAGUUGCGAUAAGGACGUUUCAAGAGGGCCGUUACAAACAAGCAUAAGAACAUAAAACGUUUUAGAAAUUAUAUCUUCUUUAGGCCAUCACAACUUCCAUUUUGCUUGAGGAUAAGCUUUUUAGUUAUCAUUUUUUGUCUUUAAUAAUUCCAGAAGCUACGACUCUCGGGAGACCAUGGAAGAGGCGACGCAGAAAUUCUGAUUCUAACUUGUACCACAUGGCAAGAAAAGAGGGGGUUGAACAAACUGGAAAACAACCAGAGCGAGCUUUAGAAGGAGGAGCACAAAUGGAUUUAGAGAGGCGUAUGUUCGUACAUAAUUAUUUGCAGAAUAGGAGACUUAAAUUUAGCGUUCGUUUUAAAAUUUAUCCCCAGAUAAAUUUUCGUUAUUUGCUGUAUUUUUCAUCCUCGUCCGUUGUGACAUUGAACCGUACUCCCCAGCCGUGUUAUCAAUAUUUGACUCUGUAAAUUAAAGGAGAGGUUGGUCACCUCAUUUCCCAUAAAAGUGAAAUUGAUUAUCUGUCCUUUGUUAUCGAAGCGAAGAAUAGGGCUGCACGAAAACCUUGUUGACGUGUCUGCUUCUUCUGGAGGUGAUAAUUUUCUAACCUCGAGGCUGGAUUGUGGCAAACAGUGGACCUGAUAUCAAUGAUGAGAGAAUUAGAGGUCUUUAGCAGAAAAGGAUAUGGAAAGAAGCCACGUUCAUAUGUACAACAGAGGAGAAUUUGUCGUGUCUUAUAAGGUUCAUAACGCAUGAAGAGCCCACUAAUUAGUAAUUUUGCGGCGGAAAUGUGAGGUAAACCAUCAAGGCUAACCGAGUUAGAUUAUACUCAGUUUCAGCUGAAUUAUGCAAAAUACAGAGGCCACUUUUCAUACAUUUACGUUUUAUAAUCAAUUGGACUAUUUAAUUCAGGAAAUGGACGAUUGUCUGAGACCCAAGUGACCCAAACUCAGAUUUAAAGCGGCUUCGUUUUAGUUUGAUCGGAUUUUUAGUUCGAUCCUCACUAAUUAUGACGGUAUUUUGUCGAACAGGCGGCUAUGCUAAAUACUAAGAAACAAAAAACGUUGGGUCUAUGAAUUGUAACUUCUUCGGUUACAUUCAUUAAAUCUGUAAAGGUGUUGAGGUGUUUACUGAUUUAAGUAGUCAGGCUUUGGUGACUUCGAUGCUGGUUCAAAGUGUAGAAAGAGCCCACUUUUUAAGCCGUAAGUAUGAACCAGGAGGGUGAUGGGGGUAUUUUAUCUUUUUCGUGGAAAAGAGGUUGUAGCUUGGUUGUCUGGAACAAACGAACGAACAAACGAAAGAACACACGAACGAACGAACAACCGAACGAACGAACGCACGAACGAACGAACAAGCGAACGAACGAACACACGCACGAACGAGCAACCGAACGAACGAACUCACGAACGAAGAAUGAAAGAACAAAUGUACUAAGGAAAAAAAAAGAAACGAACGAGCGAACCAAUGAACAAGCGAAAGAACGAAUGAACGAGCCAACCAAUGGGCAAAUGUACGAACGAACGAAUAAAUGGAAGAAUGAAAAAAUGAACGACAGAACGAAUGCAUGAACUAACGAACGAAAAACAAACGAACAAACGAAUGCGCGCACGGAAAAACCAAAGAACAAUCGAAGAAACGAACGAAUGAUGGAAGGAAAGUUGACUUCUCUUACGCUAUUGGAUAAAUUUGGUCGGGAGAUGCUGUAAGCAAAUAAAAAACAAAACAUAUUUUCUCAGUCAUUCGAGACAAAAAAAUGUAAGAAAAGGUAGAGAUAUUGCAGGUUGAACUACGUUCUUAGCGUAUUGAAGUUUUAAAUUUUAUGGCAUUGCACUGAUUGAAAACAACGAUAGACAGGAAUUAAUGGUAGUUUUACCAAUUCUUUUGAUGUAAAUUUCUUUGU